AUGAGAGGACACAAUCUUUAUGGUCAUCUCGAUGGUACUAUCCCUGCUCCUACCGAGACCACCACCACCAACAACCUGACAAUUUCCAACCUUGAAUAUGUAAAUUGGUUUCGUCAGGACCUGUUAAUCCAAAACGCAAUUUUAGCAUCAGUAGAUCCCACUCUUGCUGCAAUUGUAGCCGCUGCAACCACAGCCAAAGCAGUUUGGGAUUCCCUCCAUACAGCUUAUGCCAAUAAGUCACAAACUCGCAUAUUCAGCUUGCGAGAUCGCCUCGUUUGUCUCACAAAAGAGAGUCAACCUGUAACAAACUAUCUCACUCAAGUUCGAUCUCUCUGUGAUGAGCUUGUGACUGCUGGAGCUCCUGUCACCAAUGCCAAACUCAUUGUCAAGACUCUCAUUGGUCUUGGACUAGAAUACCGCGAAAUCUCUGCAGCAAUUAGAGCACGUGACACCCUAAUUUCAUAUGCUGAACUGUUUGAAAAGCUUAGCGAUCACGAGCUUUUCCUCAAACACAAUGCUUCGCCUCAAUCCACUCCAAUUACUGUUGUUGUUGCUCAAAAGUCCAGCUUUCAAACGCGGACCAACGUCAUUAACAAUAAUAGGCAUUCAAACAACUACCAGCAACGUUCUCAGUCAGGGUGCAAUCGUCGCACUAAUUCACAAGAAGUCUCUUUAGUGUGUCAGUUAUGUGACCGACCUGGACACUCUGCGCGUGUUUGUCGCUCUUAG